UAUCCACACUUGACCUCAAGUCCUCUGUUUAUAAAGAGAAAAAGUUCCAAAUUUCAACAAACACCAAUCACAAAGUUCGUAUUAGUCCCUUCGCGCAGAUCUUAAAUCAACCAAGUAGAAACGGAUAGAAUCUUCUCCCGUCCAAUAAAAAUCUACGUUUUCAGAUAUUUUACUUAUCCGUCAUGGGAACAAAUGGUACAACAUGUCCAGGACCAAUGAAAGCAACCUCUAAUGGAGUAUUCCAAGGCGAGAAUCCUCUGAAGCACGCGUUGCCUCUUCUCAUACUCCAGAUCUGUAUCGUUCUUCUUCUUACUCGUCUUCUUGCUUUUCUCCUCCGUCCACUCCGGCAGCCACGUGUCAUCGCCGAGAUUGUCGGUGGAAUAUUACUUGGACCAUCAGCUCUUGGGAAAAGCUCAAAGUUUCUCACCACGGUUUUCCCACCAAGGAGUCUAACGGUUUUAGACACACUUGCAAACUUAGGACUCAUCUUCUUCCUCUUCCUCGUUGGUCUCGAGCUCGACCCUAAAUCCCUCAAGCGAACAGGAAAGAGAGCUCUCUCGAUCGCUUUAGCCGGAAUCACUCUUCCUUUUAUCCUUGGUAUUGGAACUUCGUUUGUUCUCCGAAGUACCAUAGCUGAUGGAGUCAGUAAAGCUCCUUUUCUCGUCUUCAUGGGGGUUGCUCUCUCCAUCACCGCAUUUCCCGUUUUGGCACGAAUUCUCGCUGAGAUCAAGCUUCUGACCACUGAUGUCGGAAAGAUUGCUUUGUCGGCUGCUGCGGUCAAUGAUGUUGUAGCUUGGAUUCUCCUUGCUCUCGCCGUGGCUAUCUCGGGCGACGGGGGUUCUCCUCUCACAUCUCUAUGGGUGUUUCUCUCGGGUUGCGGUUUCGUCUUGUUUUGUAUCUUUGUCGUGCAACCAGGGAUUAAGUUGAUUGCUAAACGUUGUCCUGAGGGAGAGCCAGUUAAUGAACUCUACGUGUGUUGCACGUUAGGUAUUGUUCUUGCUGCUAGCUUUGUCACGGACUUGAUUGGGAUCCACGCGCUGUUUGGUGCGUUUGUGAUCGGGGUUAUUUUUCCUAAAGAAGGUAAUUUCGCGAAUGCUCUAGUUGAGAAAGUUGAGGAUCUCGUGUCGGGUAUUUUCUUGCCGCUCUACUUCGUCUCGAGUGGUUUGAAAACGGAUGUGGCGACGAUUCAAGGAGCUCAGUCUUGGGGACUCUUGGUUUUGGUUAUUUUCAAUGCUUGUUUCGGUAAAAUCGUCGGUACAGUUCUAGUUUCCCUUUACUGCAAAGUUCCGCUUGACGAGUCUUUAGCACUCGGUUUCUUGAUGAACACGAAAGGCCUUGUUGAGCUCAUCGUCCUCAACAUCGGUAAAGACAGAGGGGUUUUGAACGAUCAGGUUUUCGCUAUAAUGGUUCUAAUGGCCAUAUUCACCACGUUCAUGACGACUCCUCUAGUUCUAGCCGUGUACAAACCGGGUAAAGCCUUAGCCAAAGGUGAUUACCAAAACCGAACAAUUGAGGAGACGAAGAAAUCCAAUAAACCACUCCGUCUCAUGUUCUGUUUCCAGAGCAUAAUGAACAUCCCAACGAUCGUCAACCUCAUAGAAGCAUCCCGAGGUUCAAACCGCAAAGAAACUCUAUCGGUCUAUGCGAUGCAUCUUAUGGAGCUUUCCGAGAGAUCAUCCGCUGUACUAAUGGCACACAAGGUCAGGAAAAAUGGACUUCCAUUCUGGAACAAAGACAAAACUGGUAACAAUAGUUCUUCCGACAUGGUCGUGGUCGCAUUUGAGGCUUUCCGGAGACUUAGCCGUGUCUCUGUGCGUCCCAUGACGGCAAUCUCAGCGAUGGCGACUAUACAUGAGGAUAUAUGUCAAAGCGCGGAACGCAAAAGCACGGCUAUGGUGAUUCUUCCGUUUCAUAAGCACGUUAGGCUGGACAGAACAUGGGAGACGACUCGGAACGAUUACCGUUGGAUUAACAAGAAGGUUAUGGAAGAAGCUCCAUGUUCUGUUGCGAUAUUGGUUGAUCGUGGGCUUGGUGGUACGACUCGUGUCGCUUCUAGUGAUUUCUCGUUGGUUAUAACGGUUUUGUUUUUUGGAGGGAAUGAUGAUCGGGAGGCGUUAGCGUUUGCGAUGCGUAUGGCGGAACAUCCCGGGAUAAGCUUAACCGUUAUUCGGUUUAUUCCUAGCGAGGAAUUUAAACCGGAAAAUGUGAAGCUUGAGAUACUCGAAGAUCAUGCAUCAUGUUCCGGGGAAACCAAGUUGAUUGAUAUAGAAGCUAUAACCGAGCUGAAGGCAAUGAUUAAAGAACAAGAAAGUACUCUUUCUAAUUCAGAUUCCGAAUCUCUAAUCGUUUACGAAGAGAAAAUCGUGAAAUGUUACAAGGAAGUUUUCGAGGUUAUCAAAGAGUGUUCUAAAAGCAAUCUUUUCUUGGUGGGGAAGUCACCGGAAGGUUCGGUGGCGUCGGGGUUGCACGUGGAAAGAAGCGAUACGCCGGAGCUUGGACCGAUCGGGAAUUUGUUAACGGCAAGCGAAAAUGUUUCGACGACGGCGUCAGUGUUAGUGGUGCAACAGUACACAGCAAGCCGUGUUCUUCCGGUAGUUGGAGUUACCAAGGACGUCACGACUGAAAAGUCGUUGGUUGAAGAUUCCGAGAGUCCUUAGUGAUUUUUCUCUUUGGGAUUCCAAGACUCGAAAGGUCAAAAGAUUGGCUUGUAUAUAUUAAUAACAUGUGAUGCAUAUUUUAAAUACCACAAAUAUAUUAUCUUUGUAUGGCAAAGUCUUAGUUCCAUUUGGUUUUAUAACUUUAAUUCAUAACUAACGAGACAAGGUGAAUUCCCUCUUGUAACUAUAAUGUCCCUUAUUCAUUAAAAUGUUUGUAAUUAAAACAUUAUGAUAAUUAAAUUCAGGUGGAAGUUCUAUA